AUGGAGUCAUCGCAAAGUCGUUUGUCGCCUUAUUGGAAGGGUCCUCAUAGAGCUGGGAGCUCGAACGCGUCUUCGGAUCAAACUGAGCUCCUCAAAUUCAGGUCUUCCACGACAGACGGAGGUUUCGCCCAAAUAUGGAGCAAAUACACUCUAAAACCGUGGAAUAUGUGUCUCUUGACAGUUCUUGGUACUGCAUUAGCAAGCGGUCACCAUCUUUUCUACCUUAGCCUUGACGGACAAGAAGCCACCAGCCAAUCUCUCAUGCUGCGAUAUGGUACAAUAAUUGCCUUUUGCGCUAAAGCAAGCCUAGGAACUGCUGUCGCCAUGGCCUUUCAGCAGCGAGCAUGGUUAAUCGCCCACCAUAAGAUAGCGCGUCUCGAGACAGUUGAUGCGGUCUUCACAGCCAAUAACGACAUCUUUUCCCUCCUGACAUGGCCCUCCCUCAAGAACUCUAAGAUCGGAACCCUGCUCGCUCUUUAUUGUUGGAUUACACCGUUGGUGGUAGUUCUCACAGCUGAGACACUAGUUGUCGUGGCCGGAGUCACGGAGGAGCUAGUAUCGUGUCCUUCUGUCCGAACGCUAAAUUUUGACAAUGAGGCCAACUAUGAUUGGCGUGAGAGACCAGUAAUGGAUGGACGGACACUCCGAUCUGUGGCGCAUUUCAAUACUACUAGCAGGGAGACGAAGCCUAAAGACUUCAAUUUGACGCAUUUCGACUAUUGGAAUGCUGCGAGUACUAUGUACACGUCUGUUGUGUCGAACAAGGCGGUCUUCAUGCGUGAACUCCUUGUGAGGGAUGAGUCGGCCGAGGAGGUCUGUUCGGAUGGCUGGAAUUGCAGUUAUGUUGUGGAAUUUCUGGCGCCAGGGUACAAAUGUGACGAGGUGGCUUCUGGUGUUGGGUCGAAGGUGAAGAAGCUUGGUGACGCUGAGCCGCCUUUCAAUACUUCGCUUCUUGCCCCAGAAGGUAACUAUACUUACAUGUCUAUGGCUGCUAGGGAGAAUUACACCACAUACAGUUGGCCACGGCCUAAGGACUUGGGUGUCUUCAAAAAUGAGCCCAUCAUCUGGAUUGGCUAUUCAACUCAUUAUGAAGUCAACUACACUGUUAGAUUCGACUAUGUCAGACGUGCCCUGUCAUACAAGAUUAAGAAACGCGAGUAUGUCAGGAAGGUAGUUAACACAACUCUAGUCUCAGAAAAUACCCCCGGAAAGACUUCAAAGAAGAUUUCGGUCCCCGAAAGUAACUGGGUUCAUCCUCAAGACUUUAAAGAGUAUCGCCGAACGGCUGCCUAUCACGUAAUCGGCAAUGGACUCCGACGAUAUGUUGGAGGAAGCGUCAACACAGCAACCAACAAAACAACGACAUAUAUUCUCCUCACAUCCUCGGGGGCCAAGAUAAACACUCUUCCCAUCACAUAUCUGCAUCAAGGUAUACAGAAGCUUUACGAGGAUCUUGUUAUCUCCCUGUUUUCUGAACCAUCCUUUGUUGCUGUCGCUUGGGCGUCGAACGGGAAGCCAUCAAGGACUGGUAAGGGAGACGCAUCUACGAGGUAUCCCUGCCGUCGGCAAAGACAAACCACGCUCUUUGUUUACAAGCAGGUUCAGCUAUUAUGUGUUUACGCAGUGGGUAUCUUAUUAGCAGUCAUCGGAGUAUUGGUUGAUAUACAAUCAUAUAGAGAAGCAGGCGUGAUGCUUGAUAUGAAGCCUUCCUCGAUUGUCGGUGCCUCAAAGAAUGGGGCGUUGGGUGCAGAAAGUGGUGAUGCUAGGACGGGAUAUGGUCUCGUACAAGACGGGGCUGAGACGAACCUCAGAGCUCCUGGAAUGGAAGGAGACAUGUCACAACAGCAGAGGCUAUAG